UCGGGCCAGCCCAGUUGAGUUCUGACUUCGUAGUGGAAAGGUAUGGCCAAAAUGCUUAGCCGCUCCCUAAUCCCGUUGGUUCUACUGGCACCUGCCGUUUUGGCCUACUUCGAGGGCUGUGAUAACACCUACACCCUGAGUCCGGGAACCACCUACCUUGAGUCGCCCUACUAUCCCAGCAACUAUCCCGCCGGAACAUCCUGUCGGUACAAGUUCACCGCUCCCUUGGACUAUUACAUCCAAGUGCAAUGUACUGUUGCACUGCCAUCGAGUAAUGGUCAGUGUACCACGGAUAACUUUUGGCUCGACCCGGAGGGCGAUCUUCAGAUGCGUGGCGCUGAAAACUUCUGUGGCUCUGGAACCUUUUCGCGGGACUCUCUCUUCAGGGAAGUGGUCUUCGCCUACAUUUCCACCGGCACCAAGGGGGGAAACUUCAAGUGCACCUUGACCACCACCAAACAGAGCUGCAACUGCGGCUGGUCGGCCACUGCGCGAAUUGCCAAUGGCCAGAAUGCGGCGGCCAACGAAUAUCCCAGCUACGCGGCCCUCAAGGAUGUCACCUCGAAGACAGCAUCCUUCUGCGGGGGAACCAUAGUGGCUCAUCGUUAUAUUGUGACUGCAGCCCAUUGUAUCUAUAUGGUCAACAAGGCUACAGAUGUGGUAGCUAUUGUAGGAACCAAUAACUUGGUAAACCCUUCCAGGUACUACCAGCAAUAUAGUAUAGUACAGAUGAUACCCCACGAGCAAUACGUAAGCGAUCCAAACGUAAACAAUGAUAUAGCGGUUUUGAUAACAGCAGGUAAUAUUCAAUGGUCCCGUGGCGUAGGUCCCAUUUGUCUGCCUCCUGUGGGAACCACCUCACCAUUUACCUACGAUGUCGUCGAUGUGAUCGGCUUUGGAACUAUCUACUUUGCUGGACCCACAUCCUCAAGUCUGCAAAAGAUCAACCUGAAUGUGGUCUCCAACCAGGACUGCCAGACAGAAUACAAUAAUGUCGCCACGAUAUAUGCCGGGCAAAUGUGCACAUUUGAUUAUUCUGGCACAGGUCGGGACUCCUGUCAGUUCGAUUCCGGUGGUCCAGUUAUCCUGCGAAAAUCCAAGCAGUUUUUGGUCGGAAUAAUCAGUUUUGGAAAGAGCUGUGCGGCAUCGAGUUAUCCGAUGGGUGUAAAUACCAGAGUAACAUCGUACAUAAGUUGGAUACGCCAAAAGAUUGGAAAUUCGAACUGUGUGGUCAGCUUGUAAUGGAAAUAAAAUGAAUGGACAACUACUGAA